AUGGAGCAAUCUGCUGCGCGACCUGGGGUGACUUCACCGCGUCGGACGAGACAGAGGGCCAAGUUGGCAGCAGCGGCAGCAUCCUCAAGCAACGCGGGUAACAAGACGGAACUUUCUAUUUCAGCAACAGAAGAAACUUCAAGGUCAGGAAGCUCUGUUAUUUAUUCGCUUCCCGGAAAUCUCGGCAGCGGCCUCAAACCCAAAGAUCUUUCCAGACAAGACCUCCGACUUCUCCUGAAAAAGCGCCGGCUGCUGCUAGAAAAUCAGAUCUUGAUUCCAGAAGACAUGCAAAUGAAGGGGCUUUCGUCCUCAGUGAUAGCUACUCUCGUUUUCGCCCAAGAGGAAGCCGGCACCGCAGUCUGCAUCUCCCCGGACGGCCUUCUCCUCACGUGCUCUCACUGCAUAGCCGAAACCGCCGACGACUUUGAUGCCACAGAAAGCCACUGGCUCCUCUUUGCCUCUGGCCGAGUAGUGGAAGCAAAGCCGCUGGCAUGGGAUGCCAGACGGGAUUUGGCUCUCUUGAAAAUUGUGGCGGCCCAGGAACCUCCAUUAACCUCAUCCGCGUCUCCAGCAACCAGUACAUUCCCCUUCAUCCCAACGGCCGUCUUCGCUCCACCUCUCAAGUCCCGGCUCAUAUGCGUUGGUCACCCAGGAAGUGAAGACUUUGAAGCUUCAGAGCCAGGCGUCAAGACCGGUUAUGAUGUUCUCCACCUUAGCACCGGGACUUUUAGGGGCUGCGCUGAGGGGCAGGAAGUGCAGGAUAAUUCAGAGGUUGGGGCGUUGAUGCAUACCUGCUGGACUUAUUGGGGACAUUCGGGGGCACCUCUAAUCGACAGAAAGUCUGGAAAGCUGAUUGGUCUGCAUUCCUCAUGGGACGAUGAGACGGGCAUGCGGAGGGGCGUUGCGUUGGAAGCUAUUCAGGGGUUCUUGGCAGAGAACCAACAACACAUCGAUGAGAAUCUCGAAAGAAACUGA